AUGUUUUCGGUUGAUAGAGGUUUCAUAAAAGCAGAUUCUGGUAAUUUACCAGAAGUAGAUAUGUUUAUGGUUUUUGAUUAUUUCAAUAAACAUAAAGACUUUAUAAGUGCAGAAAUGAGGGGGAUAAAGUUGCUUAGGUCUGGCAGACAAAGCUAUGGUGAUAACGCUAUUGGAUAUGUACAACUCAAACAACAAGCAGCGCUUUGUGAAUUAAAAGCUAAAAUCACCCCAGAACACAAAAUAAAAUCGAAAAAUUAUACUGUGCUCUGUGUUAUUAAUACUGAAGAAAAGGAAGUUGUUAAUACAAAAUGUCAGGAUUGUGCUGCGUCUGAAGGAGGGUGUAAGCAUGAAGUUGCAUUUUUGAUGUGGCUGCAUCGACGAAGCGAGGAACCUUCUCCGACAGAGAAAAUCUGUUAUUGGAAAAAAUCAAAGUUAUCAUUGGCUCCAACAACAAAAAAAAGUAUUUCCCCAGCUGAUUUUGGAAAAAAAAUUACAGCUACUUAUGAUGACUCGGUGUUGCUAGAAUAUAUUAGUGAAGCCAAAAAGCAAAAGGUAGAAAAUAGUUUAAUGCGAUAUCAUAGCACUGACAAAUAUUCCAAUCUUUCAAUCCAUAACCUUGCUAUUGCCUUUAAAAAUUCUGCACCACAAGGAAAAAAUUCAAAACUUUUUAUAAAAUUUUGUAAAACCAAAAUGAAAGCUGAAUUAAUUUUGGAGGUAGAAAGAGAUACCAGAAAACAAAGUGAUAGUAUCAUUUGGCAGGAAAUGAGAAAAGAAAAACGAGAAGAAUGA